AUACUGGCAAACAAGGCUGUGGCGUUCUGAAUGUCCCUUCGCGACUCCCGUUCAUGAGGAAAGGUAGCCAAAUGCUGCUAAUAGACUAGCUAGUGUCAAGUCAACAACAAACUAAGUAGCAAGCGUCGCAAAGCAGACAUUCUUGCAUUAUAACACACGGAAAGACACUGGACACGUUUUGUCUGUUUUUUUAAGAUGCUUACUGAGUAAUGCAGACAGAAUAAACGGAUUUGAGGUUAAUACAAAUUUAAGCAGGGCAAUAGUUUCAUUCUAGCGUUACCAGGCCUGGCUGGAUUCGCGCUUUUGCUUGCAAGACUGGACCAGUUAAUCUCGAAGUAUGGAUACUUGGGUCCGAUUUAACUCACAGAGCCAAGCGAAAGAACGGCUGUGCAGGGCUGCCCAGUAUGCGUGCACGCUUCUGGGGUACACCUUGCAGAAGGGGGGUGUUGGCGCAGACCUCUUGACGACUGUCAAACAACUGGAGUCCCACAUGAGCCUGACCAGGAAGUUAAUGCGAUUGGGAAACUCGGCCGAGGCCUUGGAGGCAGCCAAGAGGGCAGUGCACCUGUCUGACAGCGUCCUGCGGCUGUGCAUCACUGUAGCCCACCUCAACCGGGCCAUGUACUUCGCCUGUGACAAUGUCCUCUGGGCUGGCAAGACUGGCCUGCUGCCCAAACUGGAUCAGAACAAAUGGAGCCAGAGGUCCUUUAGGUAUUACCUGUUUGCCCUCAUUCUGAACCUGACUCGCGACGCGUACGAGAUCGGCCUGCUGAUGGAGCGCGAGGCUCGCAGCUGCAGCUCGGCCAAGGCCUCCCUCUCCAGCACGCCCGUGGCGCUCACCCCCGAGAACGGCGACCUCCCCGCCAUAUCGUCCUCCAGCUCCGGUUCCGGUUCCGGUUCUGCCUCGCCCUCCCCGCCGCUGCUGCUCCCGGUGGUGCCCUCCCUCCCGGCGCUCUCCCAGCGCUUGCGCCGACAGCUCCGCCUGCUGGCCGCCGUGCUGCGCAGCAACCCGCCGCUCCUGCUGGACCUGCUGAAGAACGCCUGCGACGUCUUCAUCCCGCUGGACCGCCUGGGCAUCUACCCGACGGGCAACGGCUUCGUGGGCGCCUGCGGCCUGGCCUCCUCCGUCCUCUCCAUCCUCACCAUAUUCCACCCCUGGCUCAAGCUCAAGCCCUGAGCGGGGGGGCAGCAGGCGGGCCAGACCCGGGCCGGACGCCGAGGAGCCGCUCCCAGAGCUUUUGGGGGAACCUGGGGGGCGAGGAGGAGGAAAAGGGAGAGAGGGAAAACGUUGAAUGGAAGUGCAGAAUUGCAGGAGUUUGGAAUGAGAGGUAUGAGACAGAAGUGUCAACGAUGAGUUUUGGACAAUUUGAUUUGAUUUGUUUUAUUUUGUAUUGGUUUGUUUUGGUUUGGGGGGGGGGGGCGUCAUACAAUAGGUCUAAUUUAAAGUUAAUAUGAGUGUGUGAGAGAGAGAGAGAGAGAGUGUGUGUGUGUGUUUCCCCCUCCACAUCGCUCUCCCCUUACAGCUUGGCUCACUGUCACACUGCUGGAUAGGACACUGCUCAUCUCUCUGCUCCUCUCCACACAAACCCGUAACACUUCAACCUCCUGCUUCCACUUUGCAUGUCUAAAACGCUCCUCUUCGUCCAGCAAAACCAUCCUGCUCCAACCCUACGAUCUGACCACACCUCCCCUCCAAAUGCCUGUAGGUGUGUGGUAGAUGCAUUUAUUCCCAAUGUGAAGAAGGUGGCCAGUGGGAUUGAGUGAGUUGACUUGACUGUAUCUGCACUUACUCUUCAUUACCAGACGCAAUUUGAAGAUCUCGGCCUUCGCAAAAUUGAACUUCUCAGUCCUGCUAACAGCUACACUUGAGUGCAUAUGACAAUGACCCAACUGAUCCAUUUAACCGGUUAACUUGUUUGUUUGUUUCUUUCUUUCUUUGUUUCUUUCUUUGUUUGUUAGUUUGCUUGUUUGUUGGGGUGGGUACUACGAGCCAUACUGUGUACUGUGUCAGGUAGCCAUUGGUCCCAGUUGAAUAGCUUUAGCUCUUAAAGGAACGUGGCAACUUCUACCUUUCACCCCAGAGAUAGAUAAAAAGAUACAUGCCCUUCUUUUUUCUGCUUGUGCAAUAACCUGAGGCUCCUCUCAUUCGUCUUUUUAUCUAUCCUCCCUUCCUUCCUUCCUCGGUCCUCCGGCUUGUUCCCACUGAUCUAUAAAGAAUGUAUGGGGCGGCAACAAUGGUAUAGUCUAUCCAGUGUUCUUUAUAGAGCAGUAGGAACAAGCUGGAAGACCAAGGAAGGAAGGGAGGAUAGAUAAAAAGAUGCAUGAGAAGAGCCCCUGGUCUGACACUGUUAGCCUAUCUUAGCACAGUUCACUUUAAGUGGGUUGUUCCAGUUAGCCUGUAGCUAAAAAGGCUAGCUGGAAAAACCCACUUCCAGUCAAUCGUAGUUAGGCUAUGGUGUCAAACUGGGUUAUUGCACACACGGAGAAGAAAAGGAUACUCUAGAGUAGAUGGCAAAUAAGCUAACUUUUCAAAAGGUUGACAUGUUUCUUUAAUGAAUGUAUUAGGGAGUUUGAGAUGGGACCCCAGGAAUUCCAUCUGUAGUUGCGACCGCUUGUUUUAAGGAGUGCAAGAUGGUUUGUUGUAUUUUUACGGUAGACUGUUUCUGAAUGAUCUUUAGAUUUUUCAUUUUAGAUCUCUGGACCUGUUUGUUGGAUUACCUUUAUACACAGUGAAAAGAUGUCAAUAUUUUAGAUGGAGCUGUUUACCUAUAUGAAUGAAGUUCUUGUAUAUGGCUUAUGAUAUCAUAUGGAUUGUUUUACGGUUUGUAAGCAUUAGGGGUUUUUUUUAUUAUUAUUUGCAGAUAUUUUUUUUUGCAUGUUAGUAGCGAAACAAAUGGCUUUCUCUGCAUUUGGAAGAAUUAUUGCAUUUGAAAUAUUGCUAAUUCUACUGAUCAAAAAUAAAAGGAAAUGAUCUACAUUGUGUUCAACAAUUUUAACCCAACUGUUGACAGAUGUUGUGGUUAAACAUUGGGUCAAACAUGUUGUUGACCUGGCUGCUAGAGGCUAGGGUUUGAUGGUGUGAAUGAUGGGUCAAGAAAAUACUUUAUGGUUAAGCUCUUUGGUCACGUUUGUUUCUUUCGCUCUGUGAAAAUGAGCCCAGACACCCCCCCCCCCCCCCACCACCACCACCCCUUCAGGAGAAGAUUACAGCUCAACCUAACUGCAUGUGAGCGUCCGACUGUGGCUUAGCAUUGAGUGCUAACACAGAAUCCAAGCUUUUCUAUUGAGUCAUAUUUCAAUAAUUUGCCAUUCAAAUUAUCAGAACCACGAGUGACAGACAAAAAUAGAAACACACAGGGCUAUACGUUGCUGCCUACUUCUCCUUGGGAAGAUACAGCAGUCAAUCCGAAUGACUAUACAUGACUGUUCAAUCGGAAUAGGAACGGAAUUCACCACCUCUUUCCAUUCUAAUCAGAUUAUGCAUUUUUAUUCCGAUUGAGGUGUUCAUAUGAGAAUUUCUAUUCCGAUUGAGCCGUUAUUUUGAUUCUGAUCGGAUUAAGUAUCCAUGUGAAUGUGGAUAGUGUUUCCUAUAACACCCUAAUAACCCUGAGAGGCAGCCCUCAAAAUGGUGGUCUCUUGACUUAAGGAUUUUCAUAGCAGGAAAGCUUUGAGAAAUCAACUCCUCAACUCCUUAAAAAAGUGCUGUAAUUCUACCAUCCUAACCUAGAGAAAGUCUUGGGUGUCAUGGCAGUGUCUUUAUUGGGUGGUGGUCGUGAACGAGCUUUUGAGGGAUAAAGAAGGGAACUCUUCAGUGCCCUCCAACUGACCCCAAGGUCAUCUCCAGGCACAUUGUCCCCAAAAACACUUGCUGUAUGGCAACUGGCUGACAUAAUGCAGGCCUGAUAGAGUUCAGGCGUGGUGCCUGAAUUCAGGCUUGAGCUUGCCAAGGAACGAUGUCAAGAAAGGCUAUUCUCUAUAUUGUCAUUGAAUGUAUUUGAUAAUUUCAGGCACAGAUCAUUUCCUCUCUAUCAGCCCUGCAUAAUGUAAGAGAGACAGACCGUCUCAAGCAUGAUAGAGGUCUCUUAAUAUGUCGGUGGUCAUAGCAUUUAAGGCUUCAGGGGACACUAUGAUUGGUAAAGAAACUGUCUUGGAUGGAGUGUUGUCUUCUGUGAGCUAAAGCUGAAGAGAGAGAGAGCGGGGCACAACUCCUCAGUCUUCUUACUGUAGCUCUCUUCACUGUGCAGUAAUCAAAACUGAUUCCACUGACCUGAUUGGCGAACAUGAGUAUGGUUGUAUUUUUUAAUAUAGAAAUAAAUAAAUGGGAAAAAAUGU